AUGGGAGUCUCCAUUAAAAACAUUGAUAUAUCUUUGGGAGAAAUUAGUGUAGACCUAAAUGAGGAUCUAAUUUCCAAAAAGAAGAAGUCAUUAGACACUCACGACAAUGAACCUAUACAAUCUACCACUACCACUACUGACUCUGAAAAGAAGCAACAAAAGAAACAAGUGGCAUUUGUGACCAUCGCAAAGUACGCUUCUUUGUUCCCCGAGAAGGUUUCCAUCAUUUUGCCAAAGUUGGAUCUGAAGUUUGUACAUAAAGAGCAUCAUAUUGUAAUGGAGAAUAACAUCACAGCUGUCCAGUUUAAGAGCAUAAAAUCUCAAUCUGUUGAGAAUGUUGGAGAAAGCACAUGUCUUGAUCUUCAAUUAGAAUUCAGUGAGAUUCAUAUUCUUAAAGAAGAUGGAAGAUCUGUUCUUAAUUUAUUCAAGCUUGCUGUUGUUUCAUUUGUUUAUAUUCAGUCACCGCCAACAUCACCUAUUAAAUUAGAAAUUGAUGUUAAGCUGGGAGGCACACAAUGCAACAUAAUUAUGGCAAGAUUAAAGCCAUUGAUGAUACUGCGGCCCCCAAAGAAGAAAAAAGCAGGGCCAAAAGAUGAAAGUGCCAAUCCAGUAAAGAUCCAGUCAAGUGAUGAAUCUAAAGUCAUUAUAUGGACAUGCACAUUCUCAGCCCCAGAAACAACAAUCGCACUUUUUAAUUUGGAAGGAUUGCCAGUCUAUCAUGGUUGCUUGCAAUCUCCGCGUGUGUUUGCCAACAACACAUCUAGUACAGGCACCAUAGUUCAUUUUGAACUCGAUGAUUUGAAUCUGGAAAUGGCCAACGAAUAUCAAGAAUCUUUGAAAGCAAGCCUUUUUAUCGUGGAAACAAACACGAUUUCAGUGUUGCAUAUCGCAAAAAUUGUCCUGGAUUUCGGAAAAAAGGCAAUAGAUUCAGUUUCUCAAGAUGGGUCCAACUUAAAAUCAGUCCUCUCAGUUGACAUAACUAGUAUCGGUAUGUGCUUGACAUUCAAUAGUGUCCAAUCCUUAUUAUCUACCGCUUUAAUGUUCAAGGCAUUACUGAAAAGCCCAUCGCCAGCUGUUAAUACAUCAUCUUCCACGCAAAGUGAGGCACCUCGUCCAAACAAGUCAUCAGGGAAAGGGAUCCAAUUAGUAAAAUUUAACCUCGAAAGGUGUUCAAUGAAUCUCUGCAGUGACGUAAGCUUGGAUAACGAGAUUGUUGAUGAUCCAAAACGUGUGAAUUAUGGAUCACAAGGUGGCCGUGUUCUUAUUAGUGUUUUACCUGAUGGGACUCCUCGUACUGCAAAAGUAGAAUCAACAGCUUCCGAUGAUUUCAAAACGGUAAAAUAUUCGAUCGGACUCGAGCUUAUCCAUCUGGGCUUGUCUAUAAACAAAGAGAAACAGUCGACUCAGGUGGACAUAGAAAGAAUAACAUCAGCAUAUCGGGAAAUUAUGGAAGAUGAGAGUUUCGGCACUAAAGUGUCAUUGUUUGACAUGCAGAAAGCAAAGUUUGUUAGGAGGGCAGGUGGUCUUAAAGAGGUAUCCGUUUGUUCUCUUUUUAGUGCCACUACGAUCACUGCCAGGUGGGAGCCCGAUGUUCAAUUAGCAUUAAUUGAACUAGGGUUACGGCUAAAGCUACUUGUUCACAAUCAUAAGCAUCAAGAACAAGAACAAGAACAAGACCUCACCAAGGAUAAAUGUAGCAGUAGUAGUAUAGAUAAAGAAAUUAAGAAAGAAGAGUCGGUAAAGAAAAAAGAAUCUCUUUUUGCGAUUGAUGUGGAGAUGCUUACGGUGACUGCUGAAGCUGGAGAUGGUGUAGAGACAAUGAUUCAGGUUCAAUCAAUUUUUUCUGAAAAUGCACGCAUAGGUGUACUUCUUGAGAGACUAAUGCUAAGUUUUAAUGCAACAAGAGUGUUCAAAAGUGGUAGGAUGCAACUUUCCCGCAUUCCUAAUGCCUCUGAUCCGGCUGUUAAGUGGGAUUAUGUGAUUCAAGGCCUUGAUAUGCAUAUUUGCUUGCCAUUUAGAUUGCAGUUACGUGCUCUCGAUGAUUCUUUUGAGGAAAUGUUGCGAGCUUUAAAGCUUGUAGCUGCUGCUAAACAGAAAAUAAUAUUCCCGUUUAAGAAAAAAGAGAGCGAGAGUGGGAAACCGAAAAAACCAAGCUCUUCAAAACUUGGUCGUGUGAAGUUGUAUAUACGUAAGUUAACUGCUGAAAUUGAGGAGGAACCAUUGCAGGGUUGGCUUGAUGAACACUAUCACUUAAGGAAAAAAGAUGCCCGUGAAAUGGCUAUUCGAUUAAACUUUCUGGAUGAUCUUCUUUCCAAAACUACCCAAUCUCCAGCUCAUGUUCCUGUUGGUGAUUCUGACGAUGAUGGCCAAGAUAAGACCACAUCCACAUCCACAUCCACAUCCACAUCCACAUGUGUGCAUGAUGCAUCGUCUCUUGAAAAAAUGAGAGAGGAACUCUAUAAGAACUCAUUUCGAUCUUAUUAUGAAGCAUGCCAGGCCCUUGUGAUAUCACAAGGAUCGGGUGCCUGCCAGGAAGGAUUUGAGUCAGGGUUCAAGUUUAGCGCAUCAAGAACCUCUCUUUUCUCCGUUAUUGGCACAGCACUUGACAUAACCUUGACAGAAAUUGAAGGUGGUGAAGCAGGGAUGAUACAAAUUGUACAGAAGCUUGAUCCGGUUGCUCGAGAAUCUAACAUUCCAUUUGCUCGUGUUUACGGUUGUAACCUUAAUCUGCAGGCGGGUUCACUUGUGGCUCAGCUAAGAGACUAUACAUAUCCUCUUCUUGCUGCAACUUCUGGUAAAUGUGAAGGUCGCCUUGUGCUAGCUCAACAGGCUACACCUUUCCAGCCCCAAACUCUUCACCAGGUGUAUAUUGGUAAAUGGAGGAAGGUGGAAAUGUAUCGUUCGGUUGGUGGUACAACCCCACCAAUGAAAACAUUUUUAGAUUUGUCGUUGCAUUUUCAGAAAGGAGAAGUUUCAUUUGGAGUAGGGUUUGAACCAGUUUUAGCCGAUUUGAGCUAUGCAUUCACUGUAGCUUUACGCAGGGCCAAGUUAAGUGUUAGGGACCCGAAUCCCUUUGUUGUUCCUCCAAAGAAAGAGAAAAGCUUGCCAUGGUGGGAUGAAAUGAGAAACUACAUCCAUGGAAAAACCACCUUAUCUUUCUCCGAGAUGUUAUUUAACAUCCUUGGCACAGCCGAUCCUUAUGAAAAAUCUGAAAAACUCCAAAUGUCUUCUGGGCAUAUCGAAAUCCAGCAAUCCGAUGGCAGGAUUUACAUUUCUGCAAGGGAGUUGAAGAUUUUUACAAGCAGUUUGGAGAGUUUGCUGAAAAACUCAACCAUCAAACCUCCAGCUGGCACCCAGGGUCCUUUCUUCAUAGCCCCAACUCUCAUUCUUGAAGUUGCCAUGGAUUGGGGGUGUGACUCUGGUAACCCUCUUAACCAUUUUUUGUUUGCACUCCCGUCUGAAGGUGAAGCCCGUGAGUAUAUAUUUGAUCCUUUCCGAUCCACUUCCCUCUCCAUGCGGAUUAAUUUGGCUCUCAGACCUCAGAAUCAAUCACAGUCCAAAGAUAGUUCAUUUGAUUCGCCUACUAUAAGUCUUGCCCCUCAUGAUAUUUCUUGGCUACUAAAAUUUGGGAAUUUGAAUUACCUCCCUCCUGUAAAACUGCGUUUUUUCUCUCGUUACCCCCGGUUUGGUGUCCCAAGAGUUGCGAGAUCGGGAAACUUGGCAUUAGAUAAAGUCAUAACAGAAAUUAUGUUUCGGGUUGAUUCAACUCCAACCCGCAUACGACAUAUGUCUUUAGAUGAAAGUGAUAUAGCAAAAGGAUUGACUUUUAAGAUGUCAAAGCUAAAAUCCGAAGUGUAUCUAGGUCGUGGAAAGCAAAAGUUCACUUUUGAUAGCAGGCGUGAUCUUCUUGAUGUUGUUUACCUUGGUGUUGAUCUUCAUAUGCCUAGGGUGUUUCUAGAUAGGGAAGAUCCAACAAGUGUUAUCAAAGUUACAGCAUCCAAGACCACCUCACAAGAAAAAGUUGUAAAUGAUAAUUCCGGAGGGUUUUUAUUGUCGUCUGAUUAUUUUAUCAUCAGAAAGCAAUCCCCCAAGGCAGACUGUUCACGAUUAUUGGCAUGGCAAGAAUCUUGCAAAAAAAGUAUAGAGAUGAAAUUUGGGGCAUCCAUAUGUCGACGUGGAAGUGAUAGUGAUGAUCAAGAAAGGUCCGACCCAAGUGAUGAUGAUGGAUAUAAUGUUGUGAUAUCUGAUAAUUGUCAGCGGGUUUUUGUGUAUGGGCUUAAGAUCCUUUUAGCAAUUGAGAACCGAAAUGCUAUUUUGUCGUGGGGUGCUGAGUUAGGUAAAGCAGUCGCACCUCCAAAACCUUCUCCUUCUCGUUUGUAUGCCCAGAGGAAGCUUCUAGAGGACCAAAAUAAAAGUGUCCCGCUUCAAGAAGAUGUCUCCAACACCAUCGCUUCUACUGAUCAAACUGAAACUGCUUCUCCCAAAUCAAAGGAACCUUCAAAAUCAGAUCAGUCUCCAUCACCAUCAAAUAACAUAGAACAUCAAACAUUUGAUGAUAUCGCAAAGCAUGUCAAUGUAGAUGGCCCUCAGGAGGAUGAGGAGGGCACUUGUAAUUUCAUGGUGAAUGUUAUUGAGCCCCAAUUCAAUCUUCACUCAGAAGAUUUCAAUGGUAGAUUUUUGGUGGCUGCUUCUAGUGGGAGAGUUUUAGGUCGGUCAUUUCAUAAAGUUGUAAAUGUUGUAUUAGAGGCGAUUGAAGAAGCUGCUGCUGCUGCUGGUGGUGGUGGUGGUGAUGGUGGUGGUGGUGGUGGUGGUGGUGAUGGUGGUGUUGAUGCAGGAUGUGUUCCUGAACUGAUAUGGAACCGGUCAGAGCUGUCUGUGAUGUUGGAACACGUGCAGGCUCAUGUUGCUCCUACUGACGUGGAUCCAGGGGCUGGAGUCCAAUGGCUACCAAAGAUUAGGAAGAGCUCCCCAAAAGUAAAGCGCACUGGGGCUUUACUUGAACAGGUCUUCACCCCUUGUGAUAUGUACUUCCGCUUCACAACACACAAUGGUGGAACAGCAGAUUUAAAGGUGAAACCUUUAAAAGAACUCGCUUUUAAUUCUGAUAAUAUGACAGCAACCAUGACAUCUCGUCAGUUUCAUGUUAUUCUUGAUGUUCUCAACAAUGUACUCUUGGCCAGACCACCAAAGCCUCAAAAAAGUAGCAUUCUUAAAUCAGCAGAAGAUGAUGAAGAGAUGGAGGAGGAAGCUUAUGAGGUGGUGCCUGCUGGUAUUGAAGAGGUAGAACUAGAAAGAGUCAAACUUGAACAAAAGGAACGCAUACAAAACUUGCUUUAUGAGGAUAUAAGGAACCUUUCUCUUCCAUCUGAUACCGUUGUAGAUUUGCCCUCAGAAAAGGAAGGGGAUAUACUCGCCGUAACCUCCACCAGACCUAUAUUGGUGCAAAUGCUUAGGAAAGAGGUCAUUAAUGCACAAAAAUCCAGAAAGGCUGUGGCUGCUUCUUUGAGGGUGAUUUUGCAGAAAGUUGCAGAGCAACAACUAAUGGAGAAAGAGAAAGAGAAGAAUAAAGGCCCGUCAUGUGCCAUGCACGUAUCUUUUCAGUUGAAGAAAGUUGCAUGGAGCAUGCUCCUCGAUGGAAAAUCUAUUUCAGAGAUCGAGAUAAAUGACAUGAUAUACGAUUUUGACAGAGAUUAUAAAGAUAUUGGUGUUGCUAGAUUCACAAUAAAGUGUUGUGUUGUGAAAAACCGCUUGCCUAAUGCUAAAUCAGAUACACUUCUGGCCGCAUGGAAUCCUCCUUCCGAAUGGGGAAAGAAAGUCAUGAUUCGUGUAGAUGCAAAACUAGGCGCUCCAAAGGAUGGUGCCUCACCUAUUGAAUUGUUCCAGGCCGAUAUUUACCCCUUGAAAAUACAUUUGACUGAGACGAUGUAUCGGAUGAUGUGUGGAUAUUUCUUCACGGAGGAGGAACAAGACAGCCACCGGCGGCAGGAAGUUUGGAAGGUUUCGACAACUGCUGGUUUAAGAAGAGGCAAAACCAAGGAAUUAGAGGGAUCCUCCAAAUCAACCACUGUCGAUCCCUUGGCAUCAAAGAAAGGGAAAGUAUCAGUCCCUGAGUUAAGGAGAAGCUCUUCUUUUGAUAGAACAUGGGAAGAAAAUGUAGCGGAAUCUGUGGCUAAUGAACUUCUAGAACAAAUGCAAUCCUUAGAACAGGAAGAGUUGAGUAAACCUAAAGCCAAGGACCCAAAAACUUAUGCAAAAUCAUCAAAAACUGGAAAAGCUUCAAAACCUGGACAUGAAGAAAAGAAGGUAGGUAAACCAACCGACGGAAAGAAAGGCAAGCCUGAGGUGAUUAGAGAGUUUCAUAAUAUCAAGAUAAGUCAGGUGGAACUACUGGUGACUUAUGAAGGUUCAAGAUUUGCAGUAAGUGAUCUGAGGUUGCUGAUGGAUUCAUUCCACCGUGUUGAAUUCACUGGAACUUGGAAGAAGCUAUUUGCCAGAGUUCAAAAGCAUGUUAUUUGGGGAGUCCUCAAGUCUGUCACUGGCAUGCAGGGUAAGAAGUUCAAAGAUAAGUUGCAUAGUCAAAACAAAGAACCAAAUCUAGCGAAUGUCCCAACACUUGAUCACGAUAGCGACAACGAGGAUGGCUGCAAAUCCGAAGGUUUUCCUAAACGGCCUACUACUGCUGAUGGAGCUGGUGAUGGAUUCGUUACCUCUGUUAGAGGACUAUUCUCGACACAACGCCGCAAGGCCAAGGCCUUUGUCCUUCGCACAAUGAGAAAUGAAGGAGAAGAGCCAAUGCCUGGCGAGUGGAGUGAUAGCGAGGAUUAUUCUCCUUUUGCUAGACAACUCACUAUAACAAGAGCCAAGAAGCUCAUCAAACGCCACACCAACAAGUUUAACUCACAAAAAGGUUUUUCUGUUGACGGACUUCCAUUUUCACCGAGAGAUCACGGGGCAUCUGAAACUGAUUCUUCGAGUGGUGAUCCUUUUGAGGAAUACCUCGAGUACAAGGCUGCCCAAGAAAAAGCUGCCCAAGAAAAUACUGCCCAGGAAAACACUCUUGCUGAAAAACCACCAUCCACACCCUAAUGUGGUGGCUAAAAACAACCCAGGUUCAUCAAUUCAACGAACCAUGUAGAUAUAUAGUUUCUUUAUAAUGGUUUAACUGCAAUUUUGAUCCUUCUUUCGAUCCUAUUUAUGGGAGUUGUAUACGCGGAACAAUUUAUAUGUUGUAGAUGUUCUAGUUACCAGGCGAUUUGACAAUACUCAAGAGGUUCAUGAUUAUGUAUACAUGAAAUUUCUGUAUUUAGAAUCAAAAUAACGGUG